CUUCUACACAAUUUUGACAGUCAGCUGUUGUCAUCAGUGUUGUCAAAGCUGUUCAAAACAUUUAUUAAUUUCCCGUGUUUUAUAAUUAAUAAGAAUUCUAGUGAGUGUGUGCAGGGGAAGGUCAGUGUCCGCUUACAACCCCCUACCAUUGACGCAACCCAAUCAAUCGAAUUAAACCCAAACAUAAAUAAUUUUCUGACCACAAAUUGCACAAUGUCAUCGACGGUUCCUCUCAUCCUGGAGGAAGACUGCGAACGGGGGGGCAAAGACUUCGACGAAGAAGGCAUCGAAAAUGACUUCGCUUACCGCAACAAUGUCAUGCAAGCCUCCAAGACCAUCCGUCUGGGCUUCAUUCGCAAAGUUUACGGAUUACUUAGCAUGCAGUUGCUCCUAACUAUCGUGGUAGCGUCGAUUUUCAUGUUCACGCCACAGAUUAAGACUUUCGUCCACGAAAAUGACUGGAUGCUGUUGGUCUCAUUCAUUCCUAGUAUUUUUCUACUUAUUGCCCUCAUUAUCAAAAGGCGGGACACCCCAGCUAAUUUGAUCCUUCUCGCGGCUUUUACAGUGGUUGAGGCCUACACUGUUGGGGUUAUUUUGACUUACUACUCCCAAGCAGUGGUGCUUCAAGCCCUUCUCCUGACCCUGGUCAUAGUGGGAAGCUUGACCUUUUACACUUUCCAGACAAAACGCGACUUCUCAGCCAUGUAUUCAGGUCUAUUCGCAGGUCUGGGCAUUUUGAUUGUUGGUGGAUUUUUACAAAUCUUUUUCCACUCAAGCACUUUCGAAAUUGUAAUCUCCUUAGGGGGCGCAUUCUUAUUCUGCCUCUUUAUUAUUUUUGAUACACAAAUGAUGAUGCAAACUUUAUCAGCUGAAGAGUACAUUCUGGCCACUAUCAAUCUAUAUCUCGACAUAAUCAAUUUGUUUCUGUACAUUUUGCGUAUUUUGCAGGCAAUGAACCGGCAGUAAUGCUUUUCAUGUACUUUUUAUUAUCCAGAUUAAAGCAAAAUUGUUGUUCUUUAUGCACAGUUUUAUGUUCCAAGAAUAGUGAGUCAUUGUUCCUGAAGGAGUACUACAAUCGCUUGACUUGCACAUUAACAAAUUGUGAUAUGUAUACAUUUUAUUGAGUUCACUAAAAUAAUAUGAAAGUCGUUAAAAUUUUUUUUGUCGACACUUUCAUAUGUUGUAUAAAAAAAUUUAUAAUAAUAAAAAAUAUUAUUUUUA